GCAUAAACUUGCAAGCAUGUACAAGCAUUUGGAAUGGUGGCAGCCCUGCUCCUUUAUUGUUAUGGCAACAACAGGAUGCCGUGCUAAACAAAUUCAUUGACAUGAGAAAAUAAUCUAGUUCCGUAUUGAUGUUCGUAGUUUGUACGAGUUUCGGCUGUGCAAAAAAUUAUCGGCCAACUUUAACUGGCCCUAUAUAAAUUUUAAAGAGACUAUACUAUCCGUGGGGCAACCCGGUUACUGCACAGCAGUCGCGACAUGUUCAAAAACACUUUCCAAUCGGGAUUCCUAUCGAUUCUGUACAGUAUUGGCUCGAAGCCCCUGCAGCUGUGGGAUAAGAAGGUUCGCAAUGGACACAUCAAGCGGAUCACGGACAACGACAUACAGAGCCUCGUGCUAGAGAUAGUCGGCACCAAUGUCAGCACUACGUUCAUAACAUGUCCGGCGGAUCCGAAGAAGACGCUGGGCAUCAAACUGCCCUUUCUGGUGAUGAUCAUCAAGAACAUGAAGAAGUACUUCACCUUCGAAGUUCAGGUUCUCGAUGACAAGAACGUGCGGCGAAGGUUCAGGGCCAGUAACUACCAGUCGACAACUCGUGUCAAGCCUUUCAUUUGCACCAUGCCCAUGCGAUUGGACGAGGGAUGGAACCAGAUCCAGUUCAACCUGUCCGACUUUACGCGUCGCGCAUACGGCACCAAUUAUGUGGAGACACUCCGUGUACAGAUUCAUGCAAAUUGCCGCAUCAGACGUGUCUACUUCUCCGAUCGUCUCUACUCGGAGGACGAGCUGCCGCCGGAGUUUAAGCUCUUCCUUCCCAUUCAGAAGCCGGUGCAGAAGUCCAAUGCAAUUUGUAGCUAAAUUCUGUUUGCCUCAUUAAAUCAAUUAGAGCACCUAACCAGACGGAGUCGACGAUUAAAACGGCACAAAAUGCACAAGACUGCCUUCCAGCACUCAUUUAACACUUUAUGGGAAAUCACAAAUAAAAAUUGCAUCAUGUACAUAAA